AUGCGCCCAGAUCCGUCCUCGAACCCUCCUCGCAGAUCCUCCCGGACACUCCGUCCCGAUAAAAUCCCUUCGCUCAAAAUUCACAAUGUAACUUCCUCUCGCUCCGAAUCUCCCUCCGUGCAGGAUCGCAUACGUCAAUGGCAAGCCCAGGGUGCUGCCAAUGCGCUCGCUCCAGACGCCCUGAGUGUCCGAUCUUUGCCCACCUCUGAAUGUCCUUCUACUGUUUCCCCCCCGCCAUCCAUCAAAGAAGAGAUACCAAAAGAGCGCACAAGAGGAAGGUCCGGGAAGAAGACUGAAGAACAACCCCAGGACGGGAGGAGCAAGAGUACACCGAGGAAGCGAAUAAUUAGUGAUGGCCAUUGGAAGGCCAGAACGCAAAACAAGGACCCCAAGGGUUCUCCUCAAUUCAAACUACCAACCCGAUCCUCUGAGCUGGAUCUGACAUAUACUUCGACAAGGAAGACCAGGAAAGAACGCAGGAGUUCCCGCCAACACGGUGAAGCCAUGGCUAGUGAUAGCCAGCACCAGUCAUCACCACAUGACGACGGUAUCAGAGUCACUGCGCUUCCAGACACCGUCACUCAACUCGAGCCUGAUCCGCCCACCUCGCCGUCACCCUACGACACAGGAAGUCGUAUCGAUAAGGAGUUAGCCCGCUAUCUGACUGCCGAGUCUGUUUACUCUGCAGAUCUCGAAACAAAGUCUUACUCCUCCAUCCACCCAGACGAACUUGACGAUACUCCCAAGAGAAGGAGCAAAUAUGUUGAAACAUUAGGAAGAGCGCCAUCGGGCCCUGAAGAAGGUGCCUUGCAGAGAUCGACAAAAGCCAAGCUCUUUGGCAAGACGAAGGAGAUCUUGUUUAUGAAAUCCGAGGGUGCCUCCACCAGCAACCGAAUACCGAGCAUUGAAGCUUGGCUCGACGAACAGCCUGACCCUUUCGUUGAACAUGAAGAUCAGAACAUUUUACCACCUGUCGAGAUGCCGCAGCCUCUAAGAAAGCGGUCUGAGAGACGACGUCCUUCCAAGGAAGCACCCGCAACCUUGGAUCCAAACAAGAUUUGGGAUUUGGUGCAGCCACCUUCUGCGACGACUUCUCCCAACUCUCCGGAAAACAAGCCAGGUCAAAGCAGGCGAAGACAGUCCUCCAACAGCACUCGCGGCACACCACCAAGGGUGACGUCAGCUAGUGCUACUGAAGAGGGCGACGGGUCUCCGUCGGGUCUGCGAAGACGGGGUGCUAAGGUCCGUCGGCAGAGAGGUUCGCCAGCUAGACAUGGCAGCGUAGAGCCCGACAUCACAGCUCUUAUCAGCAACCUUGAACAGGAUCUGAGUACCGGCCUCGAAGGCAAAGAUGCAACUCUGCCCCAUCGCCCAUGUCCUCCAACUGGGCAACAUCCGCUUUCUACAAUUGCAUCUGACGAAACAAUGAGAGAAAACCACCCUGUAUCUUCCAACUUGAGUCUCCUAAUAGAACCGAAAUGUGAGUUGAAGCGCAAGUUGACUACUCAUGAGCAUCUGCUGUCGGUCCUCUCCGUUCCGGAAAGAGGGAGAAGCCUUCGGUCUGCUAAGAGCAUCAGGGCCAGUAGACCACACAGAAAGUCAACCUCCGCACACGAGGUACUUGCAGGAUUGAUCACGGAUGAACAAAAGUAUACACGAGAACUACGUACUCUAGUUGAUGGUGUCAUUCCAGUUCUCCUUCAAUGUGUUCUCUCCAAAGCAGACUCUGCUGCCGCCGCCAGCUUGUUCACGUCAUCCACCACGCCCAACGGUGACUUCAACUUCACCAGACCGAUCAUCGAUAUGGGCAUAGCACUCGAAAGGCUGAAGACUCUCCAUAGCCGCGUGCCCUUUCAAGACAUAGACAGCCUUCUCAAAUGGGGCCAAUCGGCUCAAAAAGCAUACACUGAUUACCUAAACGCAUGGAGAUUAGGUUUUCAUGAUGUGGUUGUCAAUCUUGCACCUCUUGACAAUGUGGGUGGAUCAGAAAUGGGACUGUCUCGUGACGACCUCGGGGACGCCGUGAAUUCUGACGGCGAGAAAGUCGACGUCGCAUAUCUCUUGAAACGACCCUUGGUCCGAGUCAAGGCUUUGGCCAAGACCUUUGUCAAUAUCAGAGAUGAAUGCGAUAAACCUUAUGCGGUUAAAAUUGCCUCGGCAUAUUCAGACCUCACUGCUCUGGCCAAACGUCGCUUUCAAGAGGAACGAGCUCGACUUGAGGACGAGGCUGCCGCCAGUCUCGAUGCGACUCGUGCUCGAGAUAUCAGGACGCUGGCAGCGACGACGAACGCUGUAAUUAACCAUUCUCGGAGAGUCAAGGCUAGAGAUUUUUUCAGUCUUACUCUAUACCAUACGAAUGGCCAACGAAUAGACUGUGGAGUCGAACUAAUUUUCCGAGAUAAUGCUCGAGGAGAGCCCACUGGGGGUGAUGUGCUGGUUUGUGAAGUUGACGCGUCCGGAAAGUGGCUUUUAUUCGAGCCAGUCGAGUUGACCUCUAUUUCUGCCCGAAGGGGCGAAGGAGGCUUCGAUCUUGUGGUGAUGAUACGGGGUCCCGCCAGUUUUGGUAAGGAAUGGCAUGAAUUACUGGCUCUAAAGACGGACGAUCCAGAGGCUGUGACGGAGUGGAUGGCUAUGUUGGGUUCUAAUCCGCUCCCUCCAAGACUAAACCGCACAUCAAGUUUUGUCGCGAAACAGCAGCCUCCAGCAGUACCUUCGCCCGCUGAAGAAAAUGACCAAUUACAGAAACAGGAGGAGUUCAAAAAGAGCCUUAUUGCCAUGGACGACGACGUUCCGAUCGGAGAGCCUUCAAUCAUUGGGACACGCACCAAUAUCAGUCGAAAGCCAGUGCCGUCCCUCGAUAAGCCAUUACCAUCUCUCAAUCUCGGUGGAGGUUUGGUGGCAAAAGCUAUCUCCCAGUAUCAAGUUGCCUCUGUGCCUAUGAAUCAACCUGCUCCUUCCGCAGGUUCCCCCAGCCGCUCAACAUUGUCAGGUGUCUCCAGCCGAGCCUCUGCCGCUACUGUCUCGUCGUCUGUGGGAUCAUCCUCUCCCACCCAAUUAAGGACAGAUCCGGCGCUUGAACCUAUUCAUCCAGUCUCGCAAGUUGAUAAAGCGUGGAAGAGCACAAAAGGACAACUCACCAUCCCUCCUGAACAUAAAACUCCCCCAACACUCAGACGGGCUGACAAAGAUUCGAAAGAAUGGAUGACAUCCCCGGUGCUUGGACACGCUCCGCUGGCUGAAAUUAACGAUGACGCCACCCCGACACAGGAGACGAUCUCUGCUCGACAGGAGGACCUACCGACCAGUCCAUCACCAAAAUCGGCUCCUCAGCGACCUGAGUAUAAGAGAGCUUUGUCUUCCACGCCAUCUAAAGAUCUCCCAACUGUUACCAAGAUCAGAACACCUACUCAACAACCGACAGCCCCCAUGUCCACUCAAGGUCCUACAGUAGAGGAGAAACAUAGCCUUGAACAUCGGACGGACCAAGGGGUUUUUACGACCAGUCCUACAACAAGCCGACAAGGUAGUCAAACUCCAACGAAGCGCCAAGUAUUCACGGAAGACGUUCCAAUACCACCACCUCACACAUCUCGCCAAGCCAAGCCAACCGUGAAGUCGGGUCCAAACCUACCCACGGCGGUGUCUGACUCUCAAUCUGGUCGAAAUGGCGUCCAAAUCCGUUCAGGUCGCAAGCCGACACUGGACCUCAAGCCCACGCCUAGCCCCUCAGAUAAGCAAUUGAAGCGUCGGACGUCCUCGCCUUUGAAGCACGAAUAUGCACCAUCAACAAGCUCUGACAGGUCUUCUGAUUAUGAUACGGAGAGUAUUAGUGAUUCCUCGUCCGCCACCUCGGAAGAUAUUGACUCGGAGCAUGGCGACACUCCAACGCCUCUGGUUGCCAUUUUCGGUGGUGGACGACAGAAUUCACAACCAAGUCACGUACCAACUUCGGUGCCUUCCACAGGAACUAGGACUCUUGCUCCCUCUGAUUCAGCGUCACAAGGCCCCUACCGAAAAGUCCCUUCAUCUAGCACAGUACCUAUGCAUAAGCGCGCCAAAGCAAUUGCGUUGAUAUGUUCAUGGUCCGAACGAGGAAUGUGGGAGCAAAUUCAUCCAGAUGAAUGCUCGAUCGUCGUCUCUCCUGGUCUGAUCGAGGCAUUUGAAAUGUCAGCUGCUCACUCAGAUCCUCGAGCAGUGUUUGGAGCCCCUCCCAGCAAAGACUCACAUUCAAGGUCUUCGUCAAUUUCUCAGCAACCCUUGGUUGCAUUUGAACUAACACCAAUUGUCCCCUUACGCCGAGGAACGGCUCUGGACAUUUCCAUUCGCUCCCCACCAACUCCGAACUCGAAGAUACAAACCACAAACAAUGUCAUGUUCCGAUCACGCAAUGCCGAAGAGUGUGAGACUCUAUACGGGAUGAUUAAUUGGGCACGAUGCAACAAUCCUACCUAUAUCCAACUCCAAAUGGCACGUCCUGCGCGCCAGCCAUCGGUUUCGUUCAACGUAGGACAAACUGGCCAUAGUCGUUCGAGAUCAAGUUCAUGGUUCAGUUUCGGCAUUCAAAGAAAAUCAAGCUAUCGAGCCUCUUCGGCACCCACUCCUGCGUCCAUUGAUAUGUCAGUCGAAAGCUCCGGCAGCAUGGCCAGUGCUUUCUCCGCCCUUAAACGCUUUACCGCAAAUUCAGGCUUCAAUGUGAAUAGAUCGUCCGUACUUCGGCGGCCCGGCAGUGCCGGUCCUGCAGGAUCCCUCUACUCAUCCAGCAGCGGAGCAGCCUCCGGUUCUGGAUCAAGCACUCCCGUACCCAGCCAACUCGGGUUUGUGCCUGGCAAGGACGGACCGAACGUCCCUUCAACGAGUGCGGCGGCUGCCGAGGGUGGUGGCAUGAUCAACAUGAUGAAGAUUCGGUUGUACCUCAGGAAAGGGCAGCAUUGGGAGAAUCUGGGCGCUGCACGAUUGAGCGUUCUGCCUGCGCCACAAGCGACAGGCAAUAGUGGAGCGAGCAGUGGAACCGUGACGCCCGCUCGAUCAGGCACGAUCAUGGACGGCUCCUCCUCCUCUCCGCCGGCAACUCCCGCGCACGGCCGCUCACCGUCGAGUGUCAUGACAAUCGGCCAACCAGGCCAAAAUCGCGGGCCUCGACUCCCCAGUUCGAGUAAUACACCGCACCGCGUCCAUGGCAACGGCCGCGAGAAGCGACUUUUGAUCGUGAAAAACAAAGAGCGCGACGUUGUCCUCCUCGACAGCGUCCUGGGCGAGAGCUGCUUUGAACGGAUCAUGCAGACUGGUAUUGCAGUCAAGGUGUGGAGUGAGUCCGAAGCCAUCUCCCACACGGGUGGCGUUACCAUGGGCCGCGAGACCCUCUACAUGAUGCAAUUUCCUGGCACACGCGAAGCCGGCUGGGUUUUCGGUCUCUGCGGCACCUACAGAUAUGGUGCUGGCAUGGAAGCGCAAUGA